CUUCCUGAAUGAUGCCAGCUCGAUGCGCCCUAACGACUGUUCUUGCUCUCCUGGUGCUGCUGGGCAGAGCCGGAGCAGGCCCUUUCUCUCCUCGGUCCAAUGUGACCCUCCUGGCCCCACGGCCCCCUCCCCAGCCAGGGGGCCCUUCUUCUCAGCUGUAUGAGCACACUGUGGAAGGAGGGGAGAAGCAGGUGGUAUUCACCCACCGCAUUAACCUGCCCACUUCGGCUGGCUGUGGCUGUCCCCCGGGCACUGAACCCCCGGUGCCUGCUUCUGAGGUGCAGGCCCUGAAGGUCCGGCUGGAGAUCCUGGAGGAGCUGGUGAAGGGGCUCAAGGAACAAUGCUCAGGAGGGUGCUGUCCCACGGCUGCUCAGGCUGGCACGGGCCAGACCGACGUGCGCAGCCUCUGCAGCCUCCACGGUGUCUUCGACCUGAGCCGCUGCGCCUGCUCCUGCGAGCCUGGCUGGGGUGGACCCACCUGCUCAGACCCCACCGACGUUAGGACGCCCACCUCGUCCCCGCCCUCAGCCUCCAAGACCUGUCCGGACGACUGCAACGACCAGGGUCGCUGCGUCCGAGGCCGCUGCGUGUGCUUCCCCGGCUACAGCGGCCCCAGUUGUGGCUGGCCCUCUUGCCCAGGAGAUUGCCAGGGGCGCGGGCGCUGUGUGCAGGGUGUGUGUGUGUGUCGCCCUGGCUUCUCGGGCCCCGACUGCAGCCAGCGUUCCUGCCCUCGCAACUGCAACCAGAGAGGACGCUGCGAGGAAGGGCGCUGCGUGUGUGACCCCGGUUACUCUGGUGAGGACUGUGGGGUGCGAAGCUGUCCCCGGGACUGCAACCAGAAGGGUCGAUGCGAGAACGGACGCUGCAUUUGCAACCCCGGCUACUCUGGUGAGGAUUGUGGGGUGCGGAACUGCCCUCGGGGCUGCAGCCAGAGGGGCCGCUGUGAGGACGGCCGCUGCGUGUGUGACCCCGGCUACAGCGGUGAAGACUGCGGCAUGCGGAGCUGCCCAUGGGACUGCGGCGAGGGAGGGCGCUGCGUGGACGGUCGCUGCGUGUGCUGGCCCGGGUACUCUGGCAAAGACUGCAGCACGCGGACGUGCCCGCGUGACUGCCAUGGCCGUGGCCGCUGCGAGGACGGGGAAUGCAUCUGUGAUGCGGGCUACAGCGGCGACGACUGCGGUGUGCGGAGCUGCCCCGGGGACUGCAACCAAAGGGGCCACUGCGAGGACGGCCGCUGCGUGUGCUGGCCCGGGUAUACAGGGGCGGACUGCAGCGCGCGCGCCUGCCCGAGGGACUGCAGGGGCCGAGGGCGCUGCGAGGAUGGCGUGUGCGUGUGCCACGCGGGCUACAGCGGCGAGGACUGCGGGGUGCGCAGCUGCCCCGGGGACUGUCGCGGCCGGGGAAGCUGCGAGAACGGCCGCUGCGUGUGCUGGCCCGGGUACACAGGCCGGGACUGCGGCACGCGCGCCUGCCCUGGUGACUGUCGCGGGCGCGGGCGCUGCGUGGACGGCCGCUGCGUGUGCAAUGUGGGCUUCACUGGCGAGGACUGCGGGAGCCGUCGGUGCCCUGGGGACUGCCGCGGACAUGGCCACUGCGAGGACGGUGUGUGUGUGUGCGACGUAGGCUACUCGGGUGACGACUGCAGCACACGCAGCUGUCCCGGCGGCUGCAGGGGCCAUGGCAGGUGCCUGGACGGGUUCUGCGUGUGCGAUGAUGGCUACACGGGCGAGGACUGUGGCGUGAGACGGUGCCCGCGUGACUGCAGCCAGCAGGGCGUGUGCCAGGAUGGCUUGUGCAUGUGCCACGCGGGCUACGCGGGCGAAGACUGCAGCAUCCGUACCUGCCCGGCCGACUGCCACCGGCGCGGCCGCUGUGAGAAUGGGCGCUGUGUGUGCGACCCAGGCUACACCGGCCCCGCCUGCGCCACUCGCACCUGCCCAGCUGAUUGUCGUGGCCGUGGGCGCUGUGUGCAGGGAGUGUGCCUGUGCUACGCCGGCUACAGUGGUGAGGACUGUGGGCAAGAGGAGCCUCCUGCCAGCGCCUGCCCCGGGGGCUGUGGCCCACGGGAACUGUGCCGUGCAGGCCAAUGUGUGUGUGUCGAGGGCUUCCGAGGCCCAGACUGUGCCAUCCAGACAUGCCCAGGUGACUGUCGCGGCCGGGGAGAGUGUCUCCAGGGCAGAUGCGUCUGUCAAGAAGGCUAUGCUGGGGACGACUGUGGGGAAGAGGUGCCAGCCAUCCAGAACAUGAGGAUGCAUCUCCUGGAGGAGACAACAGUCCGGACAGAGUGGACCCGGGCUCCUGGUCCUGUGGAUGCCUAUGAAAUCCAGUUUAUCCCCACGACUGAGGGGGCGAGUCCACCAUUCACAGCUCGGGUGCCCAGCUCUGCCUCAGCCUAUGACCAGAGAGGACUGGCCCCUGGUCAGGACUACCAAGUCACCGUCCGUGCUCUACGAGGGACCAGCUGGGGUCCUCCUGCCUCUAAGACCAUCACUACCAUGAUCGAUGGUCCUCAGGACCUCCGAGUGGUAGCCGUGACUCCGACCACUCUAGAUCUCAGCUGGCUGCGUCCCCAGGCUGAGGUGGACCGAUUUGUGGUGUCCUACGUCAGUGCCGGCAACCAAAGGGUGCGUCUGGAAGUUCCCCCUGAGGCAGACAGGACUCAGCUAACCGACCUGAUGCCAGGCGUGGAGUAUGUGGUGACUGUCACCGCAGAACGGGGCCGUGCAGUCAGCUACCCGGCUUCUAUCAGGGCAAACACAGGGUCCUUACCCUCUGGCCUCUUGGAGGCCACCGAUGAGCCUCCUCCCUCGGGCCCCUCUACGACCCAAGGGGCCCAGGCCCCUAUCCUGAUCAUGGAGCAUCACCCGCUGGGAGAGUUGAAGGUGCUGGGCAGAGACAAGGCAGGGCGCCUCCGUGUGGCCUGGACUGCCCAGCCCGACACCUUUGCCCACUUCCAGCUGCGCGUGCAGGUGGCCGAGGGGCCCUGGGCAUAUGAAGAACUGCUACCAGGAGACGCCCACCAGGCUCUGGUGCCCCCGCCCCCUCCCGGAGCCCCUUACAAGCUGUUCCUCCAUGGGAUCACCCCUGGGGGCAAGCCCUCUGUUCCCAUCACCUACCAAGGCAUUAUGGACAGGACUGAGGAGCAGCCUGGGAAGCCAUCGGUCCUACCGCGCCUGGGUGAGCUGACGGUGACAGACCUGACUUCUGACUCCCUGCUCCUGCACUGGACUGUCCCAGCGGGGGAGUUCGAGUCCUUUGUGAUCCAGUACAAGGACAAAGAUGGGCCCCAGGUGAUACCUGUGGAGGGACCCCAGCGCUCAGCCCCCGUUACAUCCUUGGAACCGGGGCGCAAGUACAGAUUUGUUCUGUAUGGGCUCGUCGGCAAGAAGAGGCAUGGCCCUUUGGUGGCUGAAGCCAAGAUCUUGCCUCAGAGUGACCCCGACCCAGCAUCUCCACCCCACCUGGGAGAGUUGUGGGUAACAGACCCCACCCCGGAUUCCCUGCACCUCUCUUGGACUGUUCCUGGGGGCCAGUUUGACUCCUUCAUGGUCCAGUACAGAGACAAGGAAGGACGGCCCCUUGUGGUGCCAGUGGAGGGGCCUGAGCGGUCAGCCGUGAUCUCCCCGCUGGAGCCCAAUCACAAGUACAGAUUCACUCUGUUUGGAAUUGCCAAUAAGAAGCGGUAUGGGCCCCUCACUGCGGACGGCACUACCGCCCCAGACAGGAAAGAGGAGUCCUCUGAGCAGCCCCUCCUGGGGGAACUGACGGUGACUGGCGUGACCCCGGACUCCCUGCAUCUGUCCUGGACGGUGGCCCAGGGCCCCUUCGACUCCUUUGUGAUCCAGUACAAGGAUGCCCAGGGGCAGCCCCAGACUGUGCCCGUCGCAGGGGAUGAGAAUGAGGUCACUGUCCCUGGCCUGGAGUCCAACAGGAAGUAUAAGAUGAACCUCUACGGGCUUCGUGGCAGGCAGCGUGUGGGGCCCAUGUCUGUGGUGGCCAAAACGGCCCCACCACACAUUGUGGGUCAGCCCCCCAGCCCCCCAGAGCCCAGCACAGAGGCCCCAGAGCCCCUCAAGAAACCGCUUCUAGGAGAGCUGACUGUGACAGAUGCCACUCCUGACUCCUUGAGCCUCUCCUGGACAGUCCCCGAAGGACAGUUUGACCACUUCCUGAUCCAGUACAGGAACGGGGAUGGGCAGCCCAAGGUGGUGCGGGUGCCAGGGCACGAGGACCAGGUCACCAUCCCCGGCCUGGAGCCAGACCACAAGUACAAGAUGAACCUGUAUGGCAUCCACAGUGGCCAGCGUGUGGGCCCCGUGUCUGUUGUCGGGGUGACAGCUGCAGAGGAAGAGACCCCCAGCCCCACAGAGCCCAGCACAGAGGCCCCAGAGCCCCCUGAGGAGCCGCUCCUGGGAGACCUGACUGUCACAGCAUCGUCCCCAGACUCCCUGAGCCUCUCCUGGACCGUCCCCCAGGGAGACUUUGACUCCUUCAGUGUCCAGUACAAGGACAGUGAUGGGCGGCCCCAGGUGGUGCGUGUUGGGGGCCAGGAGAGGGAGGCCAUCGUGAGAGACCUGGAGCCUGGGCGCAAAUACAAGAUGAACCUGUAUGGACUCCAUGAUGGCCAGCGUGUGGGCCCCGUGUCCACCGUGGGCGUGACGGACUCGCGACCAGAAGAGCCCUCUCCGGCCAUCGAGCCCCGUCUGGAGGAGUUGACAGUGACGGGUGUGACCCCCAAUUCUGUGAGCCUCUCAUGGAUGGUCCCUGAUGGACAGUUCGACUCCUUCAUGGUCCAGUACAAGGACAGGGAUGGGCAGCCCCAGGAGGUGCCUGUAGCUGCUGACCAGCGCGAGGUCACCAUCCUCGACUUGGAUCCUGCAAGAAAAUACAAGAUGAACUUCUACGGGCUCCAUGGCAGACGACGUGUGGGCCCCCUCUCUGUGCUGGCAAUGACAGACAUCCUCCCACCAGCUCCAGCCACUGAGACCGCCAAGCUGGAAUCACUCUUGGGGGAGCUGGCCGUGACAGAUGUGACCCCCGAGUCCGUGGGCCUCGUGUGGACUGUCCCUGAGGGUGAAUUCGACUCCUUCGUGGUUCAGUACAAGGACAGGGAUGGCCAGCCCCAAGUGGUGCCUGUGGCAGCCGACCAACGGGAGGUCACCAUCCCAGGCCUGGAGCCCUCCCGCAAGUACAAGUUCCUGCUCUUUGGGGUCCAAGAUGGGAGACGGCACAGUCAGGUCUCUGUGGAGGCGAAGACAGCCGCCAGCCCAGGGGCCCUUCCACACCUUGGGGAGCUGUGGGUGACGGACCCCACGACAGAUUCCCUGCGCCUGUCCUGGACAGUCCCCGAGGGCCACUUUGACUCUUUCGUGGUCCAGUUCAAGGACAAGGGUGGGCCUCGGUUGCUACCGGUACCGGGCCAAGAGCACACAACCACCAUCACAGGCCUGGAUGCAGGCCGCAAGUACAGAUUCCUUCUCUAUGGGCUUCAGGGAAAGAAGCGCUUUGGCCCCCUCUCCACAGAGGGCACCACAGAGCCCAUGAAUACUGUGGACCACACUGGAGUAAAGUCCCCCUCAAAACCUCGCCUAGGGGAUGAACUGCAGGUGACUAGUGUGACCCAAGACUCCGUGGACCUCUCCUGGACAGUCUCCGAGGGCCAGUUUGACUCCUUUGUCGUCCAGUACAAAGACAGGGACGGGCAGUCCCAGGUGGUGCCUGUGGAGGGCAGCCAUCGGGAGGUCAGGGUCUCUGGUCUAGACCCAGGUCGCAGGUACAAGCUGCUUCUCUAUGGCCUCCAAGAAGGCAAGCGUGUGGGUCCCCUUUCUGUCAUCGCUAUGACUGGCCCCAAAGAAACAACAGAAGCUUGGACAGAGGUCCCCACGACUUCAACUCCUGCAGUUGUACCCCGCUUUGGAGAGCUGAGAGUGGAGGAGGCCACACCGCACAGCCUGCAUCUCUCCUGGGUAGUGAUGGAAGGAGAAUUUAACUCCUUCGAGGUUCAGUACACUGACAGAGAUGGGCAACUCAAAGUGGUCAAUACAGAAGGUGACCAGAGUGAUAUCACCCUUACUGGUCUGGAGUCCGACCACAGAUACCUGGUGACCCUGUAUGGUUUCCAUGACGGGCAGCGUGUGGGCCCUGCUCAAAUUGAGGCCCUGACAGUGCCGUGGGAGGAGGAGCCCACAGAACCACCCACCAUGACUCCCGAGCCUAAGCCACACCUGGGCGAGCUGUAUGUGACAGAUGCCACCCCUGACUCCCUGAGCCUCUCCUGGACAGUCCCCGAAGGACAGUUUGACCAAUUCGUGAUCCAGUACAAGAACGGGGAUGGGCAGCCCAAGGUGGUGCGGGUGCCAGGGCACGAGGACCAGGUCACCAUCCCCGGCCUGGAGCCAGACCACAAGUACAAGAUGAACCUGUAUGGCAUCCACAGUGGCCAGCGUGUGGGCCCCGUGUCUGUUGUCGGGGUGACAGCUGCAGAGGAAGAGACCCCCAGCCCCACAGAGCCCAGCACAGAGGCCCCAGAGCCCCCUGAGGAGCCGCUCCUGGGAGACCUGACUGUCACAGCAUCGUCCCCAGACUCCCUGAGCCUCUCCUGGACCGUCCCCCAGGGAGACUUUGACUCCUUCAGUGUCCAGUACAAGGACAGUGAUGGGCGGCCCCAGGUGGUGCGUGUUGGGGGCCAGGAGAGGGAGGCCAUCGUGAGAGACCUGGAGCCUGGGCGCAAAUACAAGAUGAACCUGUAUGGACUCCAUGAUGGCCAGCGUGUGGGCCCCGUGUCCACCGUGGGCGUGACCGACUCUACUGAAGAACCUACUGAGGCCUCAUCCCUGAAGCCCAGCCUGGGCGAGCUGACCGUGACAGACGCCACCCCUGACUCGCUGAGCCUCUCCUGGACAGUCCCCGAAGGACAGUUUGACCAAUUCGUGAUCCAGUACAAGAACGGGGAUGGGCAGCCCAAGGUGGUGCGGGUGCCAGGGCACGAGGACCAGGUCACCAUCCCCGGCCUGGAGCCAGACCACAAGUACAAGAUGAACCUGUAUGGCAUCCACAGUGGCCAGCGUGUGGGCCCCGUGUCUGCUGUCGGGAUGACAGCUGCAGAGGAAGAGACCCCCAGCCCCACAGAGCCCAGCACAGAGGCCCCAGAGCCCCCUGAGGAGCCGCUCCUGGGAGACCUGACUGUCACAGCAUCGUCCCCAGACUCCCUGAGCCUCUCCUGGACCGUCCCCCAGGGAGACUUUGACUCCUUCAGUGUCCAGUACAAGGACAGUGAUGGGCGGCCCCAGGUGGUGCGUGUUGGGGGCCAGGAGAGGGAGGCCAUCGUGAGAGACCUGGAGCCUGGGCGCAAAUACAAGAUGAACCUGUAUGGACUCCAUGAUGGUCAGCGUGUGGGCCCCGUGUCCACUGUGGGCGUGACCGAUCCAGAGGAGGAGACCAUGACCACACAGGCGGUGCCCACCACAACCCCUAAGAAACCCAUCCUGGGCCAGCUGACUGUGACAGACGCCACCCCUGACUCCCUGAGCCUCUCCUGGACAGUCCCCGAAGGACAGUUUGACCAAUUUGUGAUCCAGUACAAGAACGGGGAUGGGCAGCCCAAGGUGGUGCGGGUGCCAGGGCACGAGGACCAGGUCACCAUCCCCGGCCUGGAGCCAGACCACAAGUACAAGAUGAACCUGUAUGGCAUCCACAGUGGCCAGCGUGUGGGCCCCGUGUCUGUUGUCGGGGUGACGGCUGCAGAGGAAGAGACCCCCAGCCCCACAGAGCCCAGCACAGAGGCCCCAGAGCCCCCUGAGGAGCCGCUCCUGGGAGACCUGACUGUCACAGCAUCGUCCCCAGACUCCCUGAGCCUCUCCUGGACCGUCCCCCAGGGAGACUUUGACUCCUUCAGUGUCCAGUACAAGGACAGUGAUGGGCGGCCCCAGGUGGUGCGUGUUGGGGGCCAGGAGAGGGAGGCCAUCGUGAGAGACCUGGAGCCUGGGCGCAAAUACAAGAUGAACCUGUAUGGACUCCAUGAUGGCCAGCGUGUGGGCCCCGUGUCCACCGUGGGCAUGACGGAUCCAGAGGAGGAGACCAUGACCACACAGGCGGUGCCUACUGCAACCCCUAAGAAACCCAUCCUGGGCGAGCUGACUGUGACAGGCGCCACUCCUGACUCCCUGAGCCUCUCCUGGACAGUCCCCGAAGGACAGUUUGACCAAUUCGUGAUCCAGUACAAGAACGGGGAUGGGCAGCCCAAGGUGGUGCGGGUGCCAGGGCACGAGGACCAGAUCACCAUCACCGGCCUGGAGCCAGACCACAAAUACAAGAUGAACCUGUAUGGCAUCCACAGUGGCCAGCGUGUGGGCCCUGUGUCUGUUGUCGGGGUGACAGCUGCAGAGGAAGAGACUCCCAGCCCCACAGAGCCCAGCACAGAGGCCCCAGAGCCCCCUGAGGAGCCGCUCCUGGGAGACCUGACUGUCACAGCAUCGUCCCCAGACUCCCUGAGCCUCUCCUGGACCGUCCCCCAGGGAGACUUUGACUCCUUCAGUGUCCAGUACAAGGACAGUGAUGGGCGGCCCCAGGUGGUGCGUGUUGGGGGCCAGGAGAGGGAGGCCAUCGUGAGAGACCUGGAGCCUGGGCGCAAAUACAAGAUGAACCUGUAUGGACUCCAUGAUGGCCAGCGUGUGGGCCCCGUGUCCACCGUGGGCGUGACGGCUCCAGAAGAGGAAGUUACGACCACACAGCUGGUGCCCACCACCACUCCUGAGCCUCCUCCUAAGAAGCCACGUCUAGGAGAACUGUCCGUGACAGAUGCCACUCCUAACUCCCUGAGCCUCUCCUGGACAGUCCCCGAAGGACAGUUUGACCACUUCCUGAUCCAGUACAGGAACGGGGAUGGGCAGCCCAAGGUGGUGCGGGUGCCAGGGCACGAGGACCAGGUCACCAUCACCGGCCUGGAGCCAGACCACAAAUACAAGAUGAACCUGUAUGGCAUCCACAGUGGCCAGCGUGUGGGCCCCAUGUCUGCUGUCGGGGUGACAGCUGCAGAGGAAGAGACUCCCAGCCCCACAGAGCCCAGCACAGAGGCCCCAGAGCCCCCUGAGGAGCCGCUCCUGGGAGACCUGACUGUCACAGCAUCGUCCCCAGACUCCCUGAGCCUCUCCUGGACCGUCCCCCAGGGAGACUUUGACUCCUUCAGUGUCCAGUACAAGGACAGUGAUGGGCGGCCCCAGGUGGUGCGUGUUGGGGGCCAGGAGAGGGAGGCCAUCGUGAGAGACCUGGAGCCUGGGCGCAAAUACAAGAUGAACCUGUAUGGACUCCAUGAUGGUCAGCGUGUGGGCCCCGUGUCCACCGUGGGCGUGACGGCGCCCCUGCCCACAGAGCCCUCCCUAGAGCCCCGCCUGGGGGACCUGGCUGUGGCAGAUGUGACUUCCAGUACUGUGCGCCUGUCUUGGACCGUGGCCCAGGGCCCCUUCGACUCCUUUCUCGUCCAGUACAUGGAUGCCCAGGGGCAGCCCCAGACGGUACCCGUGAGCAGAGACCUGAGUGAGGUCACCAUCUCAGGUUUGGACCCAGCCCGCAAGUACAAGUUUCUCCUCUUUGGACUCCAGGGUGGAAAGCGCCAUGGCCCUGUUUCCGUAGAUGCAAAAACUGACACAAAGCUCCUUCCUCGUCUUGGGGAGCUGACGAUGACAGACGUGACCCAGAACUCCGUGGGUCUCUCCUGGACUGUCCCCGAGGGCCAGUUCGACUCCUUCCUAGUCCAGUACAAGGACAGGGGAGGGCAGCUCCAGGUGGUGCCGGUGGCAGCAGACCAGCGUGAGGUCACCAUCCCUGGCCUGGAGCCCAAUAGGAAAUACAAGUUUCUGCUCUACGGCCUAGCAGGCCGCAAACGGCUGGGCCCUGCCUCUGUGGAGGGCACCACAGCCCCCCUGGAGAAGCCGCCGCAGCCCCGCCUCGGCGAACUGACAGUGACAGGAGAGACCGCUGACUCUCUGCACCUCUCGUGGACGGUGGCCCAGGGCCCUUUUGACUCUUUCCUGGUCCAGUACAGAGACAGGGAUGGGCAGCCCCAGACAGUGGUCGUGGCUGCAGACCAGAACGAGGUCGCCAUAGAGGGUCUGCAGCCACGCCGGAAGUACAAGUUUCUGCUCUAUGGGCUGGCUGGAGGAAAGCGCCUGGGGCCCGUCUCUGCCCUCGGAGUGACAGCCCCAGAAGAGGACAUGUCAACCCCAAGCCCCACUGAAGCCCCUGAAGCCCCCCGCCUGGGGAUGCUGAGAGUGACAGAGGCAACCCCAGAUUCCCUGCGCCUCUCCUGGGGUGUGGCCCGUGGCCCCUUUGACUCCUUUGUGGUCCAGUACCAGGACACAGAGGGACAGCCCCAAGCCCUGCUUGUUGAUGGACACCAGGACAAGGUCCUCAUCUCAGGCCUGGAGCCCAGCACCUCCUACAAGUUCUUCCUUUAUGGCCUCCGUGAAGAGAUGCGCCAUGGGCCUGUCUCUGCAGAGGGUACCACAGGUCCAGUUCCUGCUGGUCAGACCCCAGGGGACCCGGGGCCCCGCCUGUCCCAGCUGUCAGUGACAGACAUGACCACUAGUUCUCUGCGGCUGAACUGGGAGGCCCCGCUUGGUUCCUUUGACACCUUCCUAAUACGCUUUGGGGUCCCCUCACCAAGCACUCUGGAGCCGCAUCUCCGUCCUCUGCUGCAGCGAGAGCUGAUGGUGCCGGGUACACAGCGCUCAGCUGUGCUUCGGGACCUACAUCCUGGGACCCUGUACAGCCUCACUCUGUAUGGGCUGCGUGGGCCGCACAAGGCGGACAGCAUUCAGGGCACUGCCCGCACCCUCAGCCCAGUUCUGGAGAGUCCCCGUGACCUACAAUUCAGUGAAAUUGGGGAAACAUCAGCCAGAGUCAACUGGGUGCCGCCACCAUCCAGGGUGGACAGCUUCAAAAUUUCCUACCAGCUCGCAGAUGGAGGAGAGCCGCAAAGUGUAGUAGUGGACGGCCGGACCCAGACCCAGGUCCUCCAGGGCUUGAGCUCAGACACUCGCUACGAGGUGACUGUGGUCUCCGUCCGUGGCUUCGAGGAGAGUGAGCCUCUCACAGGCUUCCUCACGACAGUUCCCGAUGGCCCCACCCAGCUGCGUGCACUGAACUUGACUAAUGGAUCCGCCCUUCUGCACUGGAAGCCCCCCCACAAACCCGUGGACGAGUACAACGUCCAGGUCGCAUCCCCCGGGGCCCCACCCCUGCAGGCCUCAGCACCCGGCAGCGCCGUGGACUACCCGCUGACAGACCUGGCGGUUGACACCAACUACACGGCCACCGUGCGUGGUCUCCGAGGCCCAAACUUCACCUCGCCAGCCAGCAUUACCUUCACCACAGGGCUGAAGCCCCCCCAGGACUUGGAGGCCAAGGAAGUGACCCCUCGCACGGCCCUGCUCACUUGGACUGAGCCCGAAGUCCCACCCACAGGCUACCUGCUCAGCUUUGACACCCCUGGAGGACAGAUUCAGGAAAUCCUGCUUCCAGCAGGAACCACCUCCCACCGGCUUCUCCGCCUCUUCCCUUCCACCUUCUACAGAGCCCAGCUGCGGGCUGUUUGGGGCGAGAGCCUCACGCCCCCUGUGUCCACUUCCUUUACUACAGGUGGGCUGCGGGUCCCCUUCCCCCGGGACUGUGGGGAGGAGAUGCAGAACGGGCCCAGCACCUCAAAGACCACCACCAUCUUCCUCAACGGCAACCGCGAGCGGCCUUUGGAUGUGUUCUGUGACAUGGAGACGGAUGGGGGCGGCUGGCUGGUGUUCCAGCGCCGCAUGGACGGACAGACGGACUUCUGGAGAGACUGGGAGGAGUAUGCCCAUGGUUUUGGAAACAUCUCCCGGGAAUUCUGGCUGGGCAAUGAGGUCCUACACAGCCUGACGCAGGCUGGAGACUACUCCAUGCGUGUGGACCUGCGAGCUGGAAAGGAAGCUGUGUUCGCCCAGUAUGACUUCUUCCGUGUGGAUUCGGCAACGGAGAAUUACCGCCUGCACCUAGAGGGUUACCAUGGCACCGCAGGGGACUCUAUGAGCUACCACAGCGGCAGCGUCUUUUCUGCCCGUGAUCGGGACCCCAACAACUUGCUCAUCUCCUGCGCUGUCUCUUAUCGGGGGGCGUGGUGGUACAAGAACUGUCACUAUGCCAACCUCAACGGGCUCUACGGGAGCACAGUGGACCACCAGGGAGUGAGCUGGUACCACUGGAAGGGCUUCGAGUUUUCGGUGCCCUUCACGGAAAUGAAGCUGAGACCUAGAAACUUCCAGGCCCCUGCCAGGGGCAGCUGAGCCUGUUUUCCCACCUCGCUCAUACCCCAGUAUGACUGCC